CACAAAUUUCAUGACAAGAAGGGAUUCAACAUCAGAAAGCAACCAAAUGACAGAAGCAUCAUCAAUAUCAAAUCCUUCAAAAGAAGGAAACUCAGAAUCAUCUCCAACAGCAGAAUCACCCACAAGAGGCAGCUCCCCUCCAGAAACAACACCAAGAAACCAGCAAUCAUCACAAAACAUUACAAGCACAAAACUUAAUUCUUCAGAAAGUGUGUCCGUUUCAGAACCACAUUUCACAAUAGAAUUAUCAGCAACCACACGCUCCUCAUCGGAAUCAUAUUCCACAUCAGUGAAAGCUUCCUCAACAACAGAACCUUCAUCAGAAUCACAUCCUACAAUAGCAGCAUCCACGAUGGCCACAUCCUCUCUGGAAACAACUCCAAAAACCCAGCAAUCUUCAAGAACUGAACUAUCAUCACAAUCCAAUCCAAGCACAAACAAUGUUUCAUCAGUCACUGAGUCCUCUUCAGAAACACAUUUAACAACAUCAAGUUUAUCACAGGUAACUGAGUCCUCAACAGAAACAUACUCCACAUCGACACAGGUUUCAUCAAAAACUGAAUCACCCUCAGAAAGCCAUCAGACCACAGAAGUGCCUUCAAGGUCCUUGUCCUCAUCAAAAACACAUCCAACAACAUUACAGGAAUCAUCAUCAACAGAGCUUCCAACAACAGCAUAUCCAACAUUGACAACUGCUUCAUCUGUUAGUGUGUCCCCAUCUGAAACCCACCUAACAACAACACCAAUAUCAUUGCCAACUCAGUCCUCAGCAGAGACCUAUCCAACAACACAAACAUCCACAAACAAUCCUUCAUCAGAAACACACCCAACAACAGUGAAAUCGUCAAGCACACAGCAUUCAACGCAAACACAUCAAAGCUCAACAGAAGUUUCAUCAGUCACUGGGUCGCCAGUUGAAUCCCACUCCACAACCUCAUCAUUUUCAUUGGUUACUCAAUCCCCAUCAGAAACACAUUCAACAUCUGCACAAGCAUCAGUGACAACUGAAACUUCAUUGGAAUCCCAUCCAACUACAGAGACAUCUCGAAUCACAGUGUCUUCUUCGGAAAGACAGCCAACAGCACCUGAUUCAUCAAGUACAGAGCAGUCAACACAAACUCAUGGAACAACAUCAGAAAUUCCCUCAGAAAGUGCGUCCCCAUCAAAAACCCUCGCAACAUCAACAACGUCACCUUUGGUCACUGAGAACUCAGCGGUAACUUAUUCUCAAUCAUCGCAAAUCACAUCCUCCAACAAAUCUGCAACAGUAUCACAUCCAACGACAGAAGAAUCAUCGAUCACUGUCUCUUCACCUGAAACACAUCAGACAAAUACACAGGAACCUUUUACAUCGGCAUAUCCAAAAACAACACAAGUUUCAACAGAAACUAUUUUGACAACAGAAACACAUUUAACAACACCAAUCUCAAAGGAAACGGAGCCUCCAUCAGUAACCUACCCACGCACAACAGAAGGCUUAACCACAACAGAAUUUUCCUCACCAACACCGAAUGGUAGACAGGCAUCAGCAACCACAUUGUCCACAGCUGAAACACGGUCAGAAACGCAGGAAUCAAUAAGAACGGAGCAUUCAACCCAAACCAAUGCAAGCACGACACAGAAUUCUUCAGAAAGUGUGACCGUUUCAGAACCACAUUUCACAACGCAAUUUUCCGUCACAACAGAUUCCUCAACGGAAUCAUAUUCCACAUCAGUGAAAGCUUCCUCAACAACAGAACCUUCAUCAGAAUCACAUCCUACAAUAGCAGCAUCCACGAUUGCCACAUCCUCUCUGGAAACAACACCAAAAACCCAGCAAUCUUCAAGAACUGAACUAUCAUCACAAUCCAAUCCAAGCACAACCAAUGUGUCAUCAGUCACUGAGUCCUCUUCAGAAACACAUUUAACAACAUCAAGUUUAUCACAGGUAACUGAGUCCUCAACAGAAACAUACUCCACAUCGACACAGGUUUCAUCAAAAACUGAAUCACCCUCAGAAAGCCAUCAGACCACAGAAGUGCCUUCAAGCUCCUUGUCCUCAUCAAAAACACAUCCAACAACAUUACAGGAAUCAUCAUCAACAGAGCUUCCAACAACAGCAUAUCCAACAUUGACAACUGCUUCAUCUGUUAGUGUGUCCCCAUCUGAAACCCACCUAACAACAACACCAAUAUCAUCGCCAACUCAGUCCUCAGCAGAGACCUAUCCAACAACAGAAACAUCCACAAACAAACCUUCAUCAGAAACACACCCAACAACAGUGGAAUCGUCAAGCACGCAGCAUUCAACGCAAACACAUCAAAGCUCAACAGAAGUUUCAUCAGUCACUGUGUCGCCAGUUGAAUCCCACUCCACAACCUCAUCACUUUCAUUGGAUACUCAAUCCCCGUCAGAAACACGUUCAACAUCUGCACAAGCAUCAGUGACAACUGAAACUUCAUCGGAAUCCCAUCCAACUACAGAGGCAUCUCGAAUCACAAUGUCCUCUUCGGAAAGACAGCCAACAGCACUUGAUUCAUCAAGUACAGAGCAGUCAACACAAACUCAUGGAACAACAUCAGAAAUUCCCUCAGAAAGUGCGUCCUCAUCAAAAACCCUCGCAACAGCAACAACGUCACCUUCGGUCACUGAGAACUCAGCGGUAACUUAUUCUCAAUCAUCGCAAAUCACAUCCUCCAACAAAUCUGCAACAGUAACACAUCCAACUACAGAAGAAUCAUCGAUCACUGACUCCUCACCUGAAACACAUCAGACAAAUACACAGGAACCUUUUAAAUCGGCAUAUCCAAAGACAAUGCAAGCUUCAACAGAAACUAUUUUGACAACAGAAACACAUUUAACAACACCAAUCUCAAAGGAAACGGAGCCUCCAUCAGUAACCUACCCACGCACAACAGAAGGCUUAUCCACAACAGAACUUUCCUCACCAACACCGAAUGGUAGACAGGCAUCAGCAACCACAUUGUCCACAGCUGAAACACGGUCAGAAACGCAGGAAUCAAUAAGAACGGAGCAUUCAACACAAAUCAAUGCAAGCACGACACAGAAUUCUUCAGAAAGUGUGACCGUUUCAGAACCACAUUUCACAACGCAAUUUUCCGUCACAACAGAUUCCUCAACGGAAUCAUAUUCCACAUCAGUGAAAGCUUCCUCAACAACAGAACCUUCAUCAGAAUCACAUCCUACAAUAGCAGCAUCCACGAUUGCCACAUCCUCUCUGGAAACAACUCCAAAAACCCAGCAAUCUUCAAGAACUGAACUAUCAUCACAAUCCAAUCCAAGCACAACCAAUGUGUCAUCAGUCACUGAGUCCUCUUCAGAAACACAUUUAACAACAUCAAGUUUAUCACAGGUAACUGAGUCCUCAACAGAAACAUACUCCACAUCGACACAGGUUUCAUCAAAAACUGAAUCACCCUCAGAAAGCCAUCAGACCACAGAAGUGCCUUCAAGCUCCUUGUCCUCAUCAAAAACACAUCCAACAACAUUACAGGAAUCAUCAUCAACAGAGCUUCCAACAACAGCAUAUCCAACAUUGACAACUGCUUCAUCUGUUAGUGUGUCCCCAUCUGAAACCCACCUAACAACAACACCAAUAUCAUCGCCAACUCAGUCCUCAGCAGAGACCUAUCCAACAACAGAAACAUCCACAAACAAACCUUCAUCAGAAACACACCCAACAACAGUGGAAUCGUCAAGCACGCAGCAUUCAACGCAAACACAUCAAAGCUCAACAGAAGUUUCAUCAGUCACUGUGUCGCCAGUUGAAUCCCACUCCACAACCUCAUCAUUUUCAUUGGAUACUCAAUCCCCGUCAGAAACACGUUCAACAUCUGCACAAGCAUCAGUGACAACUGAAACUUCAUCGGAAUCCCAUCCAACUACAGAGGCAUCUCGAAUCACAAUGUCCUCUUCGGAAAGACAGCCAACAGCACUUGAUUCAUCAAGUACAGAGCAGUCAACACAAACUCAUGGAACAACAUCAGAAAUUCCCUCAGAAAGUGCGUCCUCAUCAAAAACCCUCGCAACAGCAACAACGUCACCUUCGGUCACUGAGAACUCAGCGGUAACUUAUUCUCAAUCAUCGCAAAUCACAUCCUCCAACAAAUCUGCAACAGUAACACAUCCAACUACAGAAGAAUCAUCGAUCACUGACUCCUCACCUGAAACACAUCAGACAAAUACACAGGAACCUUUUACAUCGGCAUAUCCAAAGACAAUGCAAGCUUCAACAGAAACUAUUUUGACAACAGAAACACAUUUAACAACACCAAUCUCAAAGGAAACGGAGCCUCCAUCAGUAACCUACCCACGCACAACAGAAGGCUUAUCCACAACAGAACUUUCCUCACCAACACCGAAUGUUAGACAGGCAUCAGCAACCACAUUGUCCACAGCUGAAACACGGUCAGAAACGCAGGAAUCAAUAAGAACGGAGCAUUCAACACAAACCAAUGCAAGCACGACACAGAAUUCUUCAGAAAGUGUGACCGUUUCAGAACCACAUUUCACAACGCAAUUUUCCGUCACAACAGAUUCCUCAACGGAAUCAUAUUCCACAUCAGUGAAAGCUUCCUCAACAACAGAACCUUCAUCAGAAUCACAUCCUACAAUAGCAGCAUCCACGAUUGCCACAUCCUCUCUGGAAACAACUCCAAAAACCCAGCAAUCUUCAAGAACUGAACUAUCAUCACAAUCCAAUCCAAGCACAACCAAUGUGUCAUCAGUCACUGAGUCCUCUUCAGAAACACAUUUAACAACAUCAAGUUUAUCACAGGUAACUGAGUCCUCAACAGAAACAUACUCCACAUCGACACAGGUUUCAUCAAAAACUGAAUCACCCUCAGAAAGCCAUCAGACCACAGAAGUGCCUUCAAGCUCCUUGUCCUCAUCAAAAACACAUCCAACAACAUUACAGGAAUCAUCAUCAACAGAGCUUCCAACAACAGCAUAUCCAACAUUGACAACUGCUUCAUCUGUUAGUGUGUCCCCAUCUGAAACCCACCUAACAACAACACCAAUAUCAUCGCCAACUCAGUCCUCAGCAGAGACCUAUCCAACAACAGAAACAUCCACAAACAAACCUUCAUCAGAAACACACCCAACAACAGUGGAAUCGUCAAGCACGCAGCAUUCAACGCAAACACAUCAAAGCUCAACAGAAGUUUCAUCAGUCACUGUGUCGCCAGUUGAAUCCCACUCCACAACCUCAUCAUUUUCAUUGGAUACUCAAUCCCCGUCAGAAACACGUUCAACAUCUGCACAAGCAUCAGUGACAACUGAAACUUCAUCGGAAUCCCAUCCAACUACAGAGGCAUCUCGAAUCACAAUGUCCUCUUCGGAAAGACAGCCAACAGCACUUGAUUCAUCAAGUACAGAGCAGUCAACACAAACUCAUGGAACAACAUCAGAAAUUCCCUCAGAAAGUGCGUCCUCAUCAAAAACCCUCGCAACAGCAACAACGUCACCUUCGGUCACUGAGAACUCAGCGGUAACUUAUUCUCAAUCAUCGCAAAUCACAUCCUCCAACAAAUCUGCAACAGUAACACAUCCAACUACAGAAGAAUCAUCAAUCACUGACUCCUCACCUGAAACACAUCAGACAAAUACACAGGAACCUUUUACAUCGGCAUAUCCAAAGACAAUGCAAGCUUCAACAGAAACUAUUUUGACAACAGAAACACAUUUAACAACACCAAUCUCAAAGGAAACGGAGCCUCCAUCAGUAACCUACCCACGCACAACAGAAGGCUUAUCCACAACAGAACUUUCCUCACCAACACCGAAUGUUAGACAGGCAUCAGCAACCACAUUGUCCACAGCUGAAACACGGUCAGAAACGCAGGAAUCAAUAAGAACGGAGCAUUCAACACAAACCAAUGCAAGCACGACACAGAAUUCUUCAGAAAGUGUGACCGUUUCAGAACCACAUUUCACAACGCAAUUUUCCGUCACAACAGAUUCCUCAACGGAAUCAUAUUCCACAUCAGUGAAAGCUUCCUCAACAACAGAACCUUCAUCAGAAUCACAUCCUACAAUAGCAGCAUCCACGAUUGCCACAUCCUCUCUGGAAACAACUCCAAAAACCCAGCAAUCUUCAAGAACUGAACUAUCAUCACAAUCCAAUCCAAGCACAACCAAUGUGUCAUCAGUCACUGAGUCCUCUUCAGAAACACAUUUAACAACAUCAAGUUUAUCACAGGUAACUGAGUCCUCAACAGAAACAUACUCCACAUCGACACAGGUUUCAUCAAAAACUGAAUCACCCUCAGAAAGCCAUCAGACCACAGAAGUGCCUUCAAGCUCCUUGUCCUCAUCAAAAACACAUCCAACAACAUUACAGGAAUCAUCAUCAACAGAGCUUCCAACAACAGCAUAUCCAACAUUGACAACUGCUUCAUCUGUUAGUGUGUCCCCAUCUGAAACCCACCUAACAACAACACCAAUAUCAUCGCCAACUCAGUCCUCAGCAGAGACCUAUCCAACAACAGAAACAUCCACAAACAAACCUUCAUCAGAAACACACCCAACAACAGUGGAAUCGUCAAGCACGCAGCAUUCAACGCAAACACAUCAAAGCUCAACAGAAGUUUCAUCAGUCACUGUGUCGCCAGUUGAAUCCCACUCCACAACCUCAUCAUUUUCAUUGGAUACUCAAUCCCCGUCAGAAACACGUUCAACAUCUGCACAAGCAUCAGUGACAACUGAAACUUCAUCGGAAUCCCAUCCAACUACAGAGGCAUCUCGAAUCACAAUGUCCUCUUCGGAAAGACAGCCAACAGCACUUGAUUCAUCAAGUACAGAGCAGUCAACACAAACUCAUGGAACAACAUCAGAAAUUCCCUCAGAAAGUGCGUCCUCAUCAAAAACCCUCGCAACAGCAACAACGUCACCUUCGGUCACUGAGAACUCAGCGGUAACUUAUUCUCAAUCAUCGCAAAUCACAUCCUCCAACAAAUCUGCAACAGUAACACAUCCAACUACAGAAGAAUCAUCAAUCACUGACUCCUCACCUGAAACACAUCAGACAAAUACACAGGAACCUUUUACAUCGGCAUAUCCAAAGACAAUGCAAGCUUCAACAGAAACUAUUUUGACAACAGAAACACAUUUAACAACACCAAUCUCAAAGGAAACGGAGCCUCCAUCAGUAACCUACCCACGCACAACAGAAGGCUUAUCCACAACAGAACUUUCCUCACCAACACCGAAUGUUAGACAGGCAUCAGCAACCACAUUGUCCACAGCUGAAACACGGUCAGAAACGCAGGAAUCAAUACGAACGGAGCAUUCAACACAAACCAAUGCAAGCACGACACAGAAUUCUUCAGAAAGUGUGACCGUUUCAGAACCACAUUUCACAACGCAAUUUUCCGUCACAACAGAUUCCUCAACGGAAUCAUAUUCCACAUCAGUGAAAGCUUCCUCAACAACAGAACCUUCAUCAGAAUCACAUCCUACAAUAGCAGCAUCCACGAUUGCCACAUCCUCUCUGGAAACAACUCCAAAAACCCAGCAAUCUUCAAGAACUGAACUAUCAUCACAAUCCAAUCCAAGCACAACCAAUGUGUCAUCAGUCACUGAGUCCUCUUCAGAAACACAUUUAACAACAUCAAGUUUAUCACAGGUAACUGAGUCCUCAACAGAAACAUACUCCACAUCGACACAGGUUUCAUCAAAAACUGAAUCACCCUCAGAAAGCCAUCAGACCACAGAACUGCCUUCAAGCUCCUUGUCCUCAUCAAAAACACAUCCAACAACAUUACAGGAAUCAUCAUCAACAGAGCUUCCAACAACAGCAUAUCCAACAUUGACAACUGCUUCAUCUGUUAGUGUGUCCCCAUCUGAAACCCACCUAACAACAACACCAAUAUCAUCGCCAAUUCAGUCCUCAGCAGAGACCUAUCCAACAACACAAACAUCCACAAACAAACAUUCAUCAGAAACACACCCAACAACAGUGGAAUCGUCAAGCACACAGCAUUCAACGCAAACACAUCAAAGCUCAACAGAAGUUUCAUCAGUCACUGUGUCGCCAGUUGAAUCCCACUCCACAACCUCAUCAUUUUCAUUGGAUACUCAAUCCCCAUCAGAAACACGUUCAACAUCUGCACAAGCAUCAGUGACAACUGAAACUUCAUCGGAAUCCCAUCCAACUACAGAGGCAUCUCGAAUCACAAUGUCCUCUUCGGAAAGACAGCCAAUAGCACAUGAUUCAUCAAGUACAGAGCAGUCAACACAAACUCAUGGAACAACAUCAGAAAUUCCCUCAGAAAGUGCGUCCUCAUCAAAAACCCUCGCAACAGCAACAACGUCACCUUCGGUCACUGAGAACUCAGCGGUAACUUAUUCUCAAUCAUCGCAAAUCACAUCCUCCAACAAAUCUGCAACAGUAACACGUCCAACGACAGAAGAAUCAUCGAUCACUGACUCCUCACCUGAAACACAUCAGACAAAUACACAGGAACCUUUUACAUCGGCAUAUCCAAAGACAACGCAAGCUUCAACAGAAACUAUUUUGACAACAGAAACACAUUUAACAACACCAAUCUCAAAGGAAACGGAGCCUCCAUCAGUAACCUCCCCUCGCACAACAGAAGGCUUAUCCACAACAGAAUUUUCCUCAUCAACACCGAAUGGGAGACAGGCAUCAGCAACCACAUUGUCCACAGCUGAAACACGGUCAGAAACGCAGGAAUCAAUAAGAACGGAGCAUUCAACACAAACCAAUGCAAGCACGACACAGAAUUCUUCAGAAAGUGUGACCGUUUCACAACCACAUUUCACAACGCAAUUUUCCGUCACAACAGGUUCCUCAACGGAAUCAUAUUCCACAUCAGUGAAAGCUUCCUCAACAACAGAACCUUCAUCAGAAUCACAUCCUACAAUAGCAGCAUCCACGAUGGCCACAUCCUCUCUGGAAACAACUCCAAAAACCCAGCAAUCUUCAAGAACUGAACUAUCAUCACAAUCCAAUCCAAGCACAACCAAUGUGUCAUCAGUCACUGAGUCCUCUUCAGAAACACAUUUAACAACAUCAAGUUUAUCACAGGUAACUGAGUCCUCAACAGAAACAUACUCCACAUCGACACAGGUUUCAUCAAAAACUGAAUCACCCUCAGAAAGCCAUCAGACCACAGAAGUGCCUUCAAGCUCCUUGUCCUCAUCAAAAACACAUCCAACAACAUUACAGGAAUCAUCAUCAACAGAGCUUCCAACAACAGCAUAUCCAACAUUGACAACUGCUUCAUCUGUUAGUGUGUCCCCAUCUGAAACCCACCUAACAACAACACCAAUAUCAUCGCCAACUCAGUCCUCAGCAGAGACCUAUCCAACAACAGAAACAUCCACAAACAAACCUUCAUCAGAAACACACCCAACAACAGUGGAAUCGUCAAGCACGCAGCAUUCAACGCAAACACAUCAAAGCUCAACAGAAGUUUCAUCAGUCACUGUGUCGCCAGUUGAAUCCCACUCCACAACCUCAUCAUUUUCAUUGGAUACUCAAUCCCCGUCAGAAACACGUUCAACAUCUGCACAAGCAUCAGUGACAACUGAAACUUCAUCGGAAUCCCAUCCAACUACAGAGGCAUCUCGAAUCACAAUGUCCUCUUCGGAAAGACAGCCAACAGCACUUGAUUCAUCAAGUACAGAGCAGUCAACACAAACUCAUGGAACAACAUCAGAAAUUCCCUCAGAAAGUGCGUCCUCAUCAAAAACCCUCGCAACAGCAACAACGUCACCUUCGGUCACUGAGAACUCAGCGGUAACUUAUUCUCAAUCAUCGCAAAUCACAUCCUCCAACAAAUCUGCAACAGUAACACAUCCAACUACAGAAGAAUCAUCAAUCACUGACUCCUCACCUGAAACACAUCAGACAAAUACACAGGAACCUUUUACAUCGGCAUAUCCAAAGACAAUGCAAGCUUCAACAGAAACUAUUUUGACAACAGAAACACAUUUAACAACACCAAUCUCAAAGGAAACGGAGCCUCCAUCAGUAACCUACCCACGCACAACAGAAGGCUUAUCCACAACAGAACUUUCCUCACCAACACCGAAUGUUAGACAGGCAUCAGCAACCACAUUGUCCACAGCUGAAACACGGUCAGAAACGCAGGAAUCAAUAAGAACGGAGCAUUCAACACAAACCAAUGCAAGCACGACACAGAAUUCUUCAGAAAGUGUGACCGUUUCAGAACCACAUUUCACAACGCAAUUUUCCGUCACAACAGAUUCCUCAACGGAAUCAUAUUCCACAUCAGUGAAAGCUUCCUCAACAACAGAACCUUCAUCAGAAUCACAUCCUACAAUAGCAGCAUCCACGAUUGCCACAUCCUCUCUGGAAACAACUCCAAAAACCCAGCAAUCUUCAAGAACUGAACUAUCAUCACAAUCCAAUCCAAGCACAACCAAUGUGUCAUCAGUCACUGAGUCCUCUUCAGAAACACAUUUAACAACAUCAAGUUUAUCACAGGUAACUGAGUCCUCAACAGAAACAUACUCCACAUCGACACAGGUUUCAUCAAAAACUGAAUCACCCUCAGAAAGCCAUCAGACCACAGAAGUGCCUUCAAGCUCCUUGUCCUCAUCAAAAACACAUCCAACAACAUUACAGGAAUCAUCAUCAACAGAGCUUCCAACAACAGCAUAUCCAACAUUGACAACUGCUUCAUCUGUUAGUGUGUCCCCAUCUGAAACCCACCUAACAACAACACCAAUAUCAUCGCCAACUCAGUCCUCAGCAGAGACCUAUCCAACAACAGAAACAUCCACAAACAAACCUUCAUCAGAAACACACCCAACAACAGUGGAAUCGUCAAGCACGCAGCAUUCAACGCAAACACAUCAAAGCUCAACAGAAGUUUCAUCAGUCACUGUGUCGCCAGUUGAAUCCCACUCCACAACCUCAUCAUUUUCAUUGGAUACUCAAUCCCCGUCAGAAACACGUUCAACAUCUGCACAAGCAUCAGUGACAACUGAAACUUCAUCGGAAUCCCAUCCAACUACAGAGGCAUCUCGAAUCACAAUGUCCUCUUCGGAAAGACAGCCAACAGCACUUGAUUCAUCAAGUACAGAGCAGUCAACACAAACUCAUGGAACAACAUCAGAAAUUCCCUCAGAAAGUGCGUCCUCAUCAAAAACCCUCGCAACAGCAACAACGUCACCUUCGGUCACUGAGAACUCAGCGGUAACUUAUUCUCAAUCAUCGCAAAUCACAUCCUCCAACAAAUCUGCAACAGUAACACAUCCAACUACAGAAGAAUCAUCAAUCACUGACUCCUCACCUGAAACACAUCAGACAAAUACACAGGAACCUUUUACAUCGGCAUAUCCAAAGACAAUGCAAGCUUCAACAGAAACUAUUUUGACAACAGAAACACAUUUAACAACACCAAUCUCAAAGGAAACGGAGCCUCCAUCAGUAACCUACCCACGCACAACAGAAGGCUUAUCCACAACAGAACUUUCCUCACCAACACCGAAUGUUAGACAGGCAUCAGCAACCACAUUGUCCACAGCUGAAACACGGUCAGAAACGCAGGAAUCAAUAAGAACGGAGCAUUCAACACAAACCAAUGCAAGCACGACACAGAAUUCUUCAGAAAGUGUGACCGUUUCAGAACCACAUUUCACAACGCAAUUUUCCGUCACAACAGAUUCCUCAACGGAAUCAUAUUCCACAUCAGUGAAAGCUUCCUCAACAACAGAACCUUCAUCAGAAUCACAUCCUACAAUAGCAGCAUCCACGAUUGCCACAUCCUCUCUGGAAACAACUCCAAAAACCCAGCAAUCUUCAAGAACUGAACUAUCAUCACAAUCCAAUCCAAGCACAACCAAUGUGUCAUCAGUCACUGAGUCCUCUUCAGAAACACAUUUAACAACAUCAAGUUUAUCACAGGUAACUGAGUCCUCAACAGAAACAUACUCCACAUCGACACAGGUUUCAUCAAAAACUGAAUCACCCUCAGAAAGCCAUCAGACCACAGAACUGCCUUCAAGCUCCUUGUCCUCAUCAAAAACACAUCCAACAACAUUACAGGAAUCAUCAUCAACAGAGCUUCCAACAACAGCAUAUCCAACAUUGACAACUGCUUCAUCCGUUAGUGUGUCCCCAUCUGAAACCCACCUAACAACAACACCAAUAUCAUCGCCAACUCAGUCCUCAGCAGAGGACCUAUCCAACAACAGAAACAUCCACAAACAAACCUUCAUCAGAAACACACCCAACAACAGUGGAAUCGUCAAGCACGCAGCAUUCAACGCAAACACAUCAAAGCUCAACAGAAGUUUCAUCAGUCACUGUGUCGCCAGUUGA